AUGCUAGCAUUUACUGGAAUCCUUUAUAUGGCUGGCGUAAAGAAAGCCCAACACCUCAACACUGAAGAAAUGUGGAAAACCGAUGGUACAGCACCUGACUUCUUUAUCCCUACUAUGUCCAAAAAAAGGUUUCAUCAGUUGAUUCAAUCUAUUAGAUUUGAUGAUGCCACCAAGCGACAUGAGACUUCUAAAAUUGAUAAUCCGAUUCGCCAAUUUUUUGAAACAUUCGUAACAAAUUGUAAACAAGCUUAUUCUCUGGGAUUUUACGUAACAAUUGACGAAAUGUUGGAGGCAUUUCGGGGCAGAUGCCGACUUAGACAAUACAUAGCCAACAAGCCCGCCAAAUACGGCAUAAAGAUCUAUGGAUUAGUAGACGCUAGAACAUUUUUUACAUCAAAUCUACGCGGGGUUUCCUUCAGCUCUAGAGGAUUCCAGAAUGAAACAUCAGAAGAAGAAACCUUCAGUUCAUAAAUUUUAGAUGAAGAAUUUUCAGUGUUUCGUUAGUAUUUUUGUUAUAGUUUAUAACAAUAAUUUUUCACUAAUGUAUAGCUUAAUAGUAUACUUGACAAUAUAAACAUUUAGUUUAAAUAAAAAUA